GCUAGCCCUUCCUCCCUCCCGGAGUCCCCGUGUCGUGCCUCUCCCGGUAGCACCUUACUGCUGGGAAUGAAGAGGUUGUCUGUACUGCUGGUGGACUGCAGGAAAACAACGGGGCUGAGUGGAACUGUGAGAGGAGGAGCAGAGAAGAACGGAUCAGAUUUGACACACCACAGAGGAAAACCAAUCUUGGAGGAACCAGAGACAUCCGAACCAGCAGGACGACACCUCUGCUCCCAGAUUGGAAAGAGUUUUACCAAGUUAGGAAGCCUAAAAAGACAUGAGAGGGGACACGCAGAACCGAAGCCACAAAAUUGCACCCAGUGUGGAAAGAGUUUUAGCCACUUAGGAAAUCUGAAAGCUCAUGAGCGAACACACACGCGGGAGAGGCCUUUCCAUUGCUCCCAGUGUGGAAAGAAUUUUAAGCGGUUAGACACUCUCAAAACCCAUGAGCAAAUACACACAGGGGAGAAGCCAUACCAUUGUUCUCAGUGUGGAAAUAGUUUUAGCCAGUCAGGAAGCCUGAAAGUUCAUGAGCGAAUACAUACAGGGGAGAAGUCAUACCUUUGCGCCCAGUGUGGAAAGAGUUUUAGCCAGUCAGGAAGCCUGAAGGAACACAUGAGACUGCACACAAGGGAGAAGCCUUACUACUGCUCACAUUGUGGGAAGAGUUUUAACCAUUUAGUUAGCAUGAAAAGACAUGAGAGGAUACACACAGGAGCGAAGCCACACCCGUGCUCCCAGUGUGGAAAGAGUUUUAAGCGGUUAGACACCCUCAAAGCUCAUGAGCGAAUACACACAGGGGAGACACCAUACCAUUGCGCCCAGUGUGGAAAUAGUUUUAGCCAGUCAGGAAGCCUGAAAGUUCAUGAGAGAAUACACACAGGGGAGAAGCCAUACCAUUGUGGCCAGUGUGGAAAGAGUUUUAGCCUUUUAGAAAGCCUGAGAGUUCAUGAGCGAAUACACACAGGGGAGAAGCCUUACCACUGCUCCCAGUGUUCAAAGUGUUUUGCCCAUUUAGGAAGCCUGAAGGAACACAUGAGACUGCACACAGGGGAGAAGCCGUACAAAUGUUCAGACUGUGGGAAGACAUAUUACUCAUCACAGACACUUAAAAGUCAUGUGAGAAUCCACACAGGAGAGUAUACUUACUUAUCCUAGUGUGUGAACUCAUAUUUCACAUCACAUUGCCCAUUGUCUUAUAUUGUUGACUGAGAAUGUGUUUACUUGUUUAUACCACAUGAAAUGGAAUGGUACAGGGUAUACUCAAACAUAUAUAUUUGUUUGUUUUUAUUAGAAAACAUGAAGUGAAUAUGGAGUCUGUCAGUUUGAAUAUAAAGAAGAUCAGGUUCCUUCUUUUAAACUGUCCUUUUUCUAAACUCUUUGUGUGUUUAUCUGGGUGUGUCAUUCCUCCAGCACUACAGAUAAUCAAGUGAUAUUUGGAUGUGAUGCAUUUGUUCCAUUGUUGACAUUUGCAUUGUUGGCCCACUGAUGAUUUAAUGAAAUUAAAAUGUUCACAGACUCUGUAAAUGGAAAAUGUUAAUUGUAUGUGUGUCCACAUAACUGAGUAUGUGACUAACCUUGUGAAACUGUCCUAUUAUAAUCUCCUGUUCCUGGGAGGAUCAUCCUGUGUUGCAGAGCAGCUGUUUGUGCCUCCCAGGAACAGGAAACUAUAAAGAUAUGUGCUCAUCACCCAAUGCUCCAGGAUUUCAGACUGUCUACACUGCGCUGUGUAACUCUGUUAUUCUCUCUGAGCUCAGAAAUAAAGAAUCUUGGUUUGA